AUGGCGUCCAGUUCGCCGCUUGAUCUUUGCACCGUGGUCUGGCUAUGUCCGCUGGAGAUCGAGCUUCGAGCCGCGCUGGCUAUGCUUGACACUAUAUCUGACGAAAUUCCGCCCAGAGUGCGUGGACAGAAUGUGAUCUAUAUGAUCGGUAAAGUCGGGGCUCACAUGGUAGCUGUGGUCGGCUACUACCAAGAGCAAGGUCUCGCGGCAUCAGGGAGUAUGGCUGCAGAGGUUAUGAGAGACUUGCCAAAUCUGCAGUUCGGCCUCCUGGUUGGUAUAGCUGGGGGCAUACCACGCCCAAACGACAACAUGCAGCUGGGAGAUGUUGCAGUCGCAGUCCCCGAAGGGAAUCGGCCUGGGGUAGUUGGAUAUGAUCUUGGCAAAGCGGGUGAGAAUGGCAGCUUCGAGCUCAAGCAUUGGCAGAAUUCAACACAUCCUUUCCUUCGGUCGGUGAUAAACUUGAUCAAAGCCCGUGGGGACUCUCGCUUUCGACGGCAUCUCCCAACCCACGGGCUCGAGUUCCAAAGGCCAAAGUCUGAUGUGUCAGAUCCGAACCAAAUACACCCAAAGGUUCACUAUGGAACCAUCCUCUCAGGGAACACUGUUGUGAAAUCAAAAGAGAAAAGGGAUCAGUUGAGCCUUCAGUACGGUGGAAUUGCCGUUGAAAUGGAAGCUGCAGGAAUCAUGACCAGAUUACCCGCCGCUGUCAUACGAGGCAUCAGUGAUUUUGCUGACGCCGCUAAGAGCAACGAGUGGCAGCCCUAUGCUGCGAUUACAGCCGCUGCUUUUGCGAAAGAACUAUUGUUGAACUUACCCGUGGAAGCUCCCCACGAGCGGAAAGAUCCUCCGUUAGCAAGCUUUGCUGUAAAAAAAAGUUCUUCGCCGUUUUCAAAUCAAGAUAUCCGGUUGGCACAAAACCUUCCAGAGCAAUGGGCCUUUGCCGGAAGGGAAGCUGAGAUGGCUCUGUUGAAGUCGGAGCUUGGCUUCCAAGAACGUGCACCUCUUCAAAAGAUCGUCGUUGGUUUAUGGGGCCUUACGGGAAUUGGCAAAUCACAAUUAGCUGCCAGGUUCGUGAAAAACCAGAGAGAGAUGCAUCCAAGUCGAGAAGUUUUCUGGAUCAAUGGCGAAUCCCGCGAGAGUCUCGAAAAGAGCGUCAUUGGCAUGCUCAAGUCUGGCGAUGGAUCUAUCAAUGAGAUUGGAGAGCUUCGCAAAGAUUCCCGAACAUCGAGAGGCGAUCUCAUAAACCUUUUCUUCACGGAGCUUAAUCAUCUGGAAGACUCGCGGUGGCUUUUGAUUAUUGAUGGAGUCAACGAAGAGCAAUAUCCAGCCACAAAAGACCUUCCCCCUUAUGAUAUCCGUGACUCCAUCAAUGGACUGCUGAGAGGCUAUGUUCUUAUCACGUCUCGCCGGCGAGAUAUAGUUGAAAGAUAUCACCCCAUUGAAGAGGUGAAAGGGCUAUUAAACACCGAUGCUGUUGGCCUGAUCAAGUCAAAGGUGCAUUCUCAGUAUCUGCAAGGUGUCGAGGCAUUAGUAAACUUGCUGAAAGGUCUACCACUGGCUAUUCGACUGGCCAUCUCCGUAAUCUCGCGUGAUCGUUGUACCUGCUCAGAUUAUCUCGAUCGAUGGACCAGCCGCGACGAAGCGAGAGAAGUCUUGGGGACCAAUGACACACUGUAUCGGUCUCUCGACUUGAGUUUUGAAGAACUCGAACAUGCGGAUCCGAUCGCGGCGAAAAUUUUGACUCUGUUCAGCUUCUUGCAUCACCAUGAUCUGUGGUACGAGUUGCUUCACAAUGCUUCGGAAGAUAUUUACCCCUCUUGGAUUCAGGGCAUAGCCGCAAGAAAAGUCUCAUUCCAACGUUUGUCUGGUUUAUUGGCCGACUUGUCGUUCAUCGAACGAAAAAUACAUUCAAAUGAUAACCGAAGAUGGGAAAUACAUCCGAUUAUUCAGGCAGUGGCUCGGCAAAGAGCCCAGGCCAACGAGGGUGAGUACAUGGUGGUUGCCAUCUCACUUGUCGCUUCUGCAGUUCCAAGGUCGCACGAGGAAAGUGCCUGGGGAAAUAUGAGGCGCCUGGCCCCUCAUGUCGAGGUGUGCUGGAAGUAUAUUGAACGAGGGCGAUGGGGCCCUCAGACGGAUCUCACCGACUUGGAGAGCCUGGCCCGUGUCUUUCGACAUAUCGGACGGUAUAACGAGGCAUGCUUGAUGUAUCGAAUGAUCGAACACGGCCUUCAGCAGCACAAUCUGAGUUUUGAUAACAAAGAGUUUCUAGCUGACACGCUGACCAACCUUGGGCUCGUGUAUACAAGGCAAUGGAGAUUUGACCUGGCUUUGAAUACAUUCAACCGGUCGUUAGAGCUCAUGCGGGAGCUUGGCAUUCUCACACCUGACGCUUUGAUGUCAGUCCAAUACAACAAGGCCGUGGUCUUUGUCUUCAAAAACGAGCUAGACGAGGCCGAGAUCCUGCUCCGCCGUGCAGCCUCACACUUCGCUGCGCGAAGUACGGACCCAAGCUCUUUGCUACAGAUUGGACGGGAUUCCAUCUAUCUUCGCAUAAUGAACGACCUUGGAGAAGUCCUCCUCCAGAAGGGGGACGUCAAAUCGGCCUUUGAGAUCUUCAAUCAUAUCCACAAGCAGCAGCAUUUUCAUCAAAUGGAAGCCAAUCAGACAAUUCUUUCGAUCGAACUCAACAUCGGAAGGGCAUACAGUAGAGCUGGGAAGUAUGCAGAGGCUCGCGAUAUACUCAUGAACAUAAUAGAGGUCUACACCGAAUUUUGGGGAAGACAUCAUCCAGAAACGAUGAGAGCCAUCCAUGAACUUGCCUGGACCCUUAUGGAAAAGGGUAAGACCAAGCAAGACUGUGGCGAGGAGGGCUUCCACGAGUUCAACGCCGCCGAGGAGCUUUGGAACGAAGCAUUGGGCUUUUACAAGGAAAGUCAUGGUCCUCAAUCAGACUUGGUGGUCCGAAUGAGAGCGAAUUUGGAACAUCUCCAUGUACUAAAGAAUCCAGGUUGGGAUUUCAUCGGUAUAUGA